AUGUGUGGCCUUAUCAACAAUUCGGUCAAUAAUUUGAAAAAGACCAAUGAGGGUAGAGAAAAGGAUAAACAGAGAUCAAAAGAACGGAGAGAGAAACUUGCCAUGGAUGGAAGGUGCACAGAUUGUGGUGAAUUAUUGGAAAAGCAUGUAAUUGACUUUUCUCAAUUUGAUGCAAACACCUUGUUAGAUGAGGAAGGUAAAGUUCGUCCAGAUCUAUUACGUCCCAGAUGCAAGAAAUGCCUACAACGACAUGCAUCCUACAAGCUAAAGACCUAUAAUGAUCUGCGUCAAGAAGGUAUCAUGUGUUCUCGACAUGUUUCUAUUGCAUUGGAAGAAUGUGACGGUUCCAAAGGUGCGUGUUUCCAAUGUGGAAUCGUUCACAUGACGCAACAGUUUACCUCUCUCAAAUGCUUUGAACAAAAUGUCAAGGAUAAUAUGCCCUUGUUCAUGACGAUGAUGGGGUUAGACUCCCAGAGUGUCAAUUACGUGGCACUAUCUUUGAAAAUAAGUUCCAAGCUGUUGGAGCAUGUUUGCACCAUCUCAACUUUCAUGACAAGACUGUGA